AUGGCAACAACACCACCUUUUCCUUUUUUAGCUUCGCACCCUGUAUCGGUGCAUACGACACCAGCGGCCGUUGUACCUCCACUGCUAUCUCGCCGUUCGGUUUAUUCCAGUGACCCGCGGGCUCACCUAAUUAGUGCUAACAAUGCCCAAUCGUACGUCCAGGUCUACUCUUCCUCCUUUCCGACCGAGCACCAAUUUUCUGCAAACAACAAUAUUCUUCCACCGAUAAAUUCGACCCAAUUGACUAAUAAUAGUUUCAAUGCUCCGGUUAAUGGCAUGCAUUUUACGAGUGGCGCGUUGGCAUCAUCACCUCAACAUGUCGGAUGCCAUUCGUCAUCUCCGGCGAUCAGACCACGACUCGAGUUAAGACGCUGUAGUGAACCGAACUAUCAUAUCGCUUACAGAUCUCCUACCACGAUGAGUGGGUUCUCGUUUGAAAGUGGACAGCAGCAGCAACAGCAGUCGACAUCGCCACAAAAAAAACAGGCAAUUCGAAUCUCAACUUUGUCAAAGAUCUUGCAAAGUAAUGAUGAUGAAGAACUCGCCAAGAAUAGGCAGGUGAUGCAGCAGAUCAAUGUAAAGAGACAAAGGUUUGGCAACAUGAGAGAGGACGAAGAUCGAGAUAGCGAAGAUUGUGAUAGCAGCAGUAGUAAUGGGUACCUCGAUGGUUGCAUCUCGGAAUGUCUCUCACCGCAGCGAAUGGUUAUUACCAACAAAAGUUCAUCGGUUACCACCAACGAUAGUAGCGAUACUGGAAGCAUUUUGGGUGAACCAGUACCGCAACAGCAACAGAUCCUACGCCAAAACAAAGGGCUCAGGCAUUUUAGCAAACAGGUGUGCGAUAAAGUAGAACUCAAGGGUGUGACGACCUACAACGAGGUUGCCGAUGAGCUGGCAGGAGAUUUUGCAGCCCAGAUGAAAGAACACGGCGGGCAAAAGGUGGAUCAAAAAAAUAUACGACGUCGGGUCUACGAUGCAUUAAACGUGUUGAUGGCAAUGGACAUUAUUGCAAAGGAUAAAAAGGAAAUUAGGUGGCUAGGUUUACCUGGUCGGCAAAUUGACACGAAUUUGGCUUCGUCGUCUGAGACGACAGAGGUCGAAAUAGAUAGGCAAAAUUCUGAAAUCAGAGAAUUAGAGCGACUGAAUCGACGCUUGAGCAAACAAGUGGAUGAGGCUAAAAUCGCCUUCCAAGAGAAAAUAGCUCGUCACCUUCACAUUCGAAACCUUGUGAAGAGAAACAAACAACGUCACGAUCCCUAUCGAAUUUCAAAUAAGGCAAAAUCUGAAAAAGAAGUGUACCUUCCCUUCAAGCUAGUACACUAUCCUCGAGGGACCACGGUCAACAAUCAGACCGCUCAAGAUGGGGUCACUCGAACCCUUUCGUUCCAACCUCACCGACCCACCAUAAUCGAAGAUACACAAGUUCUACGGUGUCUUGGCAUGGACAAGAUUUCACUAGAGGACAUUCAUCAGUGGGUUAAACCUGAACAUUUAAAGUGGAUUAUCACGAAACAAGGAGACGACGGAGAUUAUCGCAUAAGCUGUAAACAGUGA